GAAGAGGAUAUUCAACCAGCUGAAUGAAAACUUCAGGUUAGGCAUAGAGGUUAGGGUUAAGGUUAGUGUUAAGGUUGGGUUUAUCUAUAGUUCAUGUUCUAUAUUAGUGCUAGGAAUUGCCAGGGACCUCAAGAUACGAUAUAUCACGAUACUUAGGUGCCGAUACGAUAUGUAUUGCGAUUCUUACAAUUCUAUAUGUAUUGUGAUCCGAUACUCAGAUUUGUAUUGCGAUUCGAUGUUCCAAACAUAUUGCUCACCAUAUGUCUGCUGCAGAGGGACAGAGAGAGCCAUGAGAUUUUGUUGUUGAUCGGUCAUGGAAAUAAAGUGCUGAAAACAAAUUGGCUCCGAUUUUAAAAAGAAGAUGGAGAACAAGUUAUGAAGGGAAAAUACUGGAGGUUUGGUGCAGGUACAGCCAAUUUGCGCAUAAAUAAUAUUGGCGAUACGAUGUGUCGUCAAAAUUAAUAUUAAUAUCCCCCCCCCCCCCCCCAUCAUCACUAUUCUAUAUGUAAUUCUAUGGGGUCAAGGGUUAUAUUAAGGUUAGGUGUAGCCUAGUUUACGUGAGGUCAGGGUUAAGGAAAGCCAUUAAAGCUAGCUUUAGGUUAGAGUACUGCGAUUAUUUCUUCCUGUUGAAUAUAUAUAUAUAUAUAUAUAUUACUACCUUUGUUCAAACUAGCUAUACCUCCUUCCUCUGCGUGCCCCAGGUGUGCCAACUGCUUCGACUGCCCAUGCUGCAUGCACACUCUGUCCACCCGGGCAACCAACAUCCCAGCCCCUCUUCCUGACGACCCCAGCAAGACGGCCAUGAAGAAGGCCUACUACCUGGCCUGUGGCUUCUGUCGCUGGACAUCCAGAGAUGUGGGCAUGGCUGACAAGUCUGUGGGUGAGUGCCAGGCCUACCUCACUGUUGACGAUGAGGGGGAGAUAUUGGACUCUUUAUAUUGGGCCAGUGUUAGGCGUGGGUCAACUAUUCUGUGGCUGGCUGAGGGUGGGAAGUGGCUUCAACCAAAUCAAAUAGCAAACCUUGCUAGUGAUCAUAGUUACUACUGAAGGAAGUGUCCCCUGCAUGGGUGAUGAGGGGGAGAUAUUGAACUGACUAUUGAUAAUAGGCCAUGUUAGAAUGGUCCAAAUGCAAAAAAACUAAUUUAUAUUUGAUGUAUGGAGCUUUGUUUGGAUUUGUUACCCUGAGUAGAGAUCUGUCCCGUAUCAUGUAGACGUGUCCACUAGUGGCCUACCUGUCUGUUGUGUGAUUUGACUUGUUGGGUGUUUUCUGGACGACUGUUGAAGUUCUUUCUCUUUUUGUCUUCACUUUAGCCAGUGGAGGAUGGCAGGAGCCUGAGAACCCUCAUACUCAACGGGUAUGUUGCCUUCCUUUGGUCUGAUCUUCAAUUCAGCUAGACAACCCCAGGCUGUAGAAUGCUGUGACGCUGGAAGUUGCAUAGAGUCUUUUGUAACUGAUGCUGUAUUUAAAAAACGCACUGCGUGAUCAACCACAAACAGCACACUGCUGAUACAGGCUCCAGGCCUAAAUGGUGGCUUUGACUCGUGUUAUGUCUAUUCUUCCUCCAGAUCAAUAAACUGAUAGAGUAUUACCAGCAGCUGGCCCAGAGAGAGAAACUGGACAGGGACAGGAAGAAGCUGGCCAGGAGACGACCAUACAUGCCGCUGGCCUUCUCGGUACACACCUCUCUCACACACACACACACACACACACAUCUCACACACACACACACUCCGGCAGAUAACAUGCUCAGCUUUCACACUUCUCUCUGGAAUAUGAACUUGACUGUUUUACACGUUAACCACGGCCCAGCGCCCACCUUUAUAAUGAGACAUAUCAUGAUGAGCAUUCUCAAAGCCGCAAAAACGCUUUUCGUGUUUGUUUGUUGUUAUGGCUGUGUUAUUAACCCUGCUGGUGGCGGGGUCUGAAAUUAACAAGGCAACUACAGUGGCUUGUGAAAGUAUUCAUCCCCCUUGGCAUUUUUCCUAUUUUGUUGCCUUACAACCUGGAAUUAAAAUUGAUUUUUGGGUGGUUUGUAUCAUUUGAUUUACACAACAUGCCUACCACUUUGAAGAUGCAAAAUAUUUUUUGUUGUGAAACAAACAAGAAAUAAGACAAAUAAACGGAAGACUUGAGCGUGCAUAACUAUUCCACUCCCCCCCCAACAUAGCGUUUUCCUUGAUGGCCAAAAAGCUCAAUUUUAGUCUUCUCUGACCAGAGUACCUUCUUCCGUAUGUUUGUGAGUCUCCCACAUGCCUUUUGGCGAACACCAAACGUGUUUGCUUAUUUUUUUCUUUAAGCAAUGGCUUUUUUCUGGCCACUCUUCCGUAAAGCCCAGCUCUGUGGAGUGUACGGCUUAAAGUGGUCCUAUGGACAGAUACUCCAAUCUCCGCUGUGGAGCUUUGCAGCUCCUUCAGGGUUAUCUUUGGUCUCUUUGUUGUCUCUCUGAUUAAUGCCCUCCUUGCCUGGUCUGUGAGUUUUGGUGGGCGGCCCUCUCUUGGCAGGUUUGUUGUGGUGCCAUAUUCUUUCCAUUUAAUAAUGGAUGUAAUGGUGCUCCGUGAGAUGUUCAAAGUUUCAGAUAUUUUUUUAUAACCCAUCCCUGAUCUGUACUUCUCCACAACGUUGUCCCUGACCUGUUUGGAGAGCUCCUUGGGCUUCAUGGUGCCGCUUGCUUGGUGGUGCCACUUGCUUAGUGGUGUUGCAGACUCUGGGGCCUUUCAGAACAGGUGUGUGUAUAUAUAUAUAUAUAUAUAUAUAUAUAUAUACUGAGAUCAUGUUGACAGAUCAUGUGACACUUAGAUUGCACACAGGUGGACUUUAUUUAACUAAUUAUGUGACUUCUGAAGGUAAUUGGUUGUACCAGAUCUUAUUUAGGGGCUUCAUAGCAAAGGGGGUGAAUAUUUUUUUGAAACAAGUUAUUUUUUUUUUAUUCCACUUCACCAAUUUGGAUUAUUUUAUGUAUGUCAUUACAUGAAAUCCAAAUAAAAAUCAAUUUAAAUUAAAGGUUGUAAUGCAACAAAAUAGGAAAAAAAACGCCAAGGGGGAUGAAUACUUUUGCAAGGCACUGUAUUUCUGAAUAGCCUGCAUGAUGUACUGUAAUAUUUAGUUCCAGUAUGUUAACAUUUGAUUGAAAAGCAUGUAUAGUUUGUGUGUAUGGACAGAAGGACUGGUUUGGUUCAGAACCUGGCCCAUACUGGAACAUUGCAUUCAGAACCUGUGAUUGGUUAAGGGUCACUAUAUGCUGUGUGCUAGCUGUGUGCUAGCUGUGUGCUAGCUAGCUAUAUACUAGCCACUGCAGCUGAAUAGUUCAUCUCUACCACUGAUGCUUUUCUGUUGCAUGUUAUCAGUUACUGAAAUGUUUGCUUCAGUGCUUUGGUUUCACCUGAUACUCCUCUUCUCUUCUCUUCUCUUCUGCACGCUGACAUGUUGGUUUUUAACCCCUUCCCACCCAGCAACACACUAUUCAUGUGGUGGUGAGUUGUAGUUUGAUAGUCAAAGCACUGUUCUCUCUCGCUCUCGCUCCCUCGUUAGGAAAUGUACCGUUAAAGCUGAUUAGGCCUGUAAUAUAGUAGAGAGUAGUAACUCUUCUCCCACUGUGAACAUAAAGAUUUGUGUUGUCGUUGUUCAAACCAAAUUAUUUAUCUAGAUUUGUUUUUUUUCUUUGAUUUCGAUCACAAUUUUAUUUUAGGCAUUUAUGCUAGUAAAUGUUUUCCUAAUUGGAUAUUUAAAAAAUGCCUAGUAAAGGAAAAAUAUGAACCAUUUUAUCAGUCAUCAAUAGAAAAAUGCCAGUGGUGUUCCUCUCCCAUAAGUCUACCACGUGGUGUCUGCCUGUGAGUUAGUUGACGUUGUGUUGCUCUGCCGUAUAAAGGAGAAGUAUGGUCUGGGUACCAGACUACAGCGACAGAGACCUGGAGCUCCUAUCACCAGUCUGGCCGGUCUUUCGUAAGUAUUACAUGACAUUCCAAUAAUGUUAUUGUCCGUAAAGUACGAGUAUCACAUCCUCUCGUGUAAUACUAUACUGUACCAUUCCUUUAUAUUGUUCAAAAAGUAUGAGUAUCACAUCCUCUCAUGUCUGUCCCUGUCUCCUAUAAUGACCUUCACUGUGUCUGUCCCUGUCUCCUAUAAUGACCUUCACUGUGUCUGUCCCUGUCUCCUAUAAUGACCUUCACCGUGUCUGUCCCUGUCUCCUAUAAUGACCUUCACUGUGUCUGUCCCUGUCUCCUAUAAUGACCUUCACUGUGUCUGUCCCUGUCUCCUAUAAUGACCUUCACUGUGUCUGUCCCUGUCUCCUAUAAUGACCUUCACUGUGUCUGUCUCCUAUAUAUGACCUUCACUGUGUCUGUGUCUGUCUCCUAUAAUGACCUUCACUGUGUCUGUGUCUGUCUCCUAUAAUGACCUUCACUGUGUCUGUCCCUGUUCCAGUCUGAAGGAAGGUGAAGACCAGAAGGAGAUGAAGAUAGAGCCAGCCCAAGCCUUAGACGAGGUGGAGCCACUGCCUGAAGACUGCUACACCAGACCUAUCAACCUACCAGAGGGUAAGAGACACUGACCCCUAACACUGACCCCUAACCCUAACACUGACCCCUAACCCUAACACUGACCCCUAACCCUAACACUGACCCCCUUAGCCUGACAUUGACCCCCUAAGCCUGACACUGACCCCCUAAGCCUGACACUGACCCCCUAAGCCUGACACUGACCCCCUAAGCCUGACACUGACCCCCUAAGCCUGACACUGACCCCCUAAGCCUGACCCCUGACCCCUAAGCCUGACCCCUGACCCCCUAAGCCUGACCCCUGACCCCCUAAGCCUGACCCCUGACCCCCUAAGCCUGACCCCUGACCCCUUAAGCCUGACACUGACGACCCCCUAAGCCUGACCCCUGACCCCCUAAGCCUGACCCCUGACCCCCUAAGCCUGACAUUAACCCGGACCUUUAACAAUACAGUAACCCUACACCAGACCUAUCAACCUGAGGGUAACAGUGAUCACUACUUUUUAAAGCUACAAUCCUUAAUUGAAACAAAGUGUUUUCCCCACCCCUGUUUCGGUUAAAAGUUGAGCGAUGGGGCUGGAGAAAUGUAACCACUCUCAAAUUCACAGACAGAGCUAUGGAUGCAAGGACUGACCAUCUAUGAUAUCAGCAUUAUAGGUUGAACCAUGUUAUGAGGCUAUACAGUGGUUUACAUUUACAGUGCAUUCGGAAAGUAUUCAGACCCCUUGACUUUUUCCACAUUUUGUUACUUUACAGCCUUAUUCUAAAAUUGAAUUAAUUGUUUUUUUCCCCCUCAUCAAGCUACACACAUAAUGACAAAGCAAAAACAGGUUUCUAGAAAAUUUCGCAAAUAUAUUAAAAAUAAAAAAACGAAAUGACAUUUACAUAUUCAGUAUUCAGACCCUUUAAUCAUUACUUUGUUGAAGCACCUUUGGCAGCGAUUACAGCCUUGUCGUCUUCUUGGGUAUGACGCUACAAGCUUGGCACACCUGUAUUUGGGGAGUUUCUCCCAUUCUUCUCUGCAGAUCCUCUCAAGCUCUGUCAGGGCGGAUGGGGAGCGUUGCUGCACAGCUAUUUUCAGAUAGCUCCAGAGAUGUUCAAGUCCAGGCUCUGGCUGGGCCACUCAAGGACAAUCAGAGACUUGUCCCGAAGCCACUCCUGCGUUGUCUUGGCUGUGUGCUUAGGGUUGUUGUCCUGUUGGAAGGUGAACCUUCACCCCAGUCUAAGAACCUGCUCCAGAGCGCUCAGGAAUUCAUCAAGGAUCUCUCUGUACUUUGCUCCGUUCAUCUUUGCCUCGAUCCUGACUAGUCUCUCAGUCCCUGCCGCUGAAAAACAUCCCCACUGCAUGAUGCUGCCACCACCAUGCUUCACCGUAGGGAUGGUGCCAGGUUUCCUCCAGACGUGACGCUUGGCAUUCAGGCCAAAGAGUUCAAUCUUGGUUUCAUCAGACCAGAGAAUCUUGUUUCUCAUGGUCUGAGAGUCCUUUGGGUGCCUUUUGGCAAACUCCAAGCGGGCUGGCAUGUGGCUUUUACUGAGGAGUGGCUUCCUUCUGGCCACUCUACCAUAAAGGCCUGAUUGGUGGAGUGCUGCAGAGAUGGUUGUCCUUCUGGAAGGUUCUCCCAUCUCCACAGAGGAACUCUGGAGCUCUGUCAGAGUGACCAUCGGCCUCUUGGUCACCUCCCUGACCAAGGCCCUUCUCCCCCGAUUGCUCAGUUUGGCCAGGUGGCCAGCUCUAGGAAGAGUCUUGGUGGUUCCAAACUUCUUCCAUUUAAGAAUGAUAGAGGCCACUGUGUUCUUGGGGACCUUCAAUGCGGCAGACAUUUUUUGGUACCCUUCCCCAGAUCUGUGCCUCAACACAAUCCUGUCUCGGAGCUCUACGGACAAUUCCUUCGACCUCAUGGCUUGGUUUUUGCUCUGACACUGUCAACUGUGGGACCUUAUAUAGACAGGUGUAUGCCUUUCCAAAUCAUGUCCAAUCAAUUGAAUUUACCACAGGUGUACUCCAAGUUGUAAAAACAUCUCAACGAUGAUCAAUGGAAACAGGAUGCACCUGAGCUAAAUUUCGAGGCUCAUAGCAAAGGGUCUGAAUACUUAUGUAAGAGUUAUUUUUUUUAUAUUUAAUACAUUUGCAAAAAAUGCUAAACCUAUUUUCACUUAUGUGGUAUUGUGUGUAGAUUGAAAAAAAUUAAUAAAUGUAAUCCAUUUUAGAAUAAGGGUGUAGCCAGUGGAAGUCAGUGCCGUUUAAUUUUUUUCAUGAGCAUGGCCUUAUGUACGUCAAAAGUUUUGAGAAUGACACAAGUAUUGGUCUUCACAAAGUUCACUGCUUCAGUGUUAUGAGAUAUUUUUGUCAGAUGUUACUAUGGUAUACUGAAGUAUAAUUACAAGCAUUCCAUAAGUGUCAAAGGCUUUUAUUGACAAUUACAUUAAGUUUAUGCAAAGAGUCAAUAUUUGCAGUGUUGACCCUUCUUUUUCAAGACCUCUGCAAUCUGCCCUGGCAUGCUGUCAAUUAACUUCUGGGCCACAUCCUGACUGAUGGCAGCCCAUUCCUCCAUAAUCAAUGCUUGGAGUUUGUCCGAAUUUGUGGGUUUUUGUUUGUCCACCCGCCUCUUGAGGAUCGACCACAAGUUCUCAAUGGGAUUAAGGUCUGGGGAGUUUCCUGGCCAUGGACCCAAAAUGUCGAUGUUUUGUUCCCCAAGCCAUUUAGUUAUAACUUUUGCCUCAUGGAAAGGUGCUCCAUCAUGCUGGAAAAGGCAUUGGUCGUCACCAAUGGAUGGUUGGGAGAAGUUGCUCUCGGAGGAUGUGUUGGUACCAUUCUUUAUUCAUGGCUGUGUUCGUAGGCAAAAUUGUGGGUGAGCCCACUCCCUUGGCUGAGAAGCAACCCCACACAUGAAUGGUCUCAGGAUGCUUUACUGUUGGCAUGACACAGGACAGAUGGUAGCGCUCACCUUGUCUUCUCAGGACAAGGUGUUUUCUGGAUGCCCCAAACAAUCGGAAAGGGGAUUCAUCAGAGAAAAUGACUUUACCCCAGUCCUCAGCAGUCCAAUCCCUGUACCUGAUGUUUUUCCUGGAGAUAAGUGGCUUCUUUGCUGCCCUUCUUGACACCAGGCCAUCCUCCAAAAGUCUUCGCCUCACUGUGCGAGCAGAUGUACUCACACCUGCCUGCUGCCAUUCCUGAGCAAGCUCUGCACUGGUGGUGCCCCGAUCCCGCAGCUGAAUCAACUUCUGGAGACUGUCCUGGCGCUUGCUGGACUUUCUUGGGCGCCCUGAUGCCUUCUUCACAACAAUUGAACCUCUCUCCUUGAAGUUCUUGAUGAUCCGAUAAAUGGUUGAUUUAGGUGCAAUCUUACUAGCAGCAAUAUCCUUGCCUGUGAAGCCCUUUUUGUGCAAAGCAAUGAUGACUGCACGUGUUUCCUUGCAGGUAACCAUGGUUAACAGAGGAAGAACAAUGAUUUCAAGCACCACCCUCCUUUUAAAGCUUCCAGUCUGUUAUUCUAACUCAAUCAGCAUGACAGAGUGAUCUCCAGCCUUGUCCUUCGUCAACACUCUCACCUGUGUUAACGAGAGAAUCACUGACAUGAUGGCAGCUGGUCCUUUUCGUGGCAGGGCUGACAUGCAGUGGAAAUGUUUUUGGGGGAUUAAGUUCAACGCGUAAGCAGUUUACUUUCAUAGCAGCCACGUUGUAUUCCUUCUCGCGUCAAUGCGCAACGAAUCAGCUGAAUGUGACCAGGCGAAAAAACCUUUCCAAGCCAAACCUCUACACACAGCCUACAUCGUUGUCCCCAUGUUGGUUAAAGUAACGUCCUAGUCAACAUAGCGAAUAUAACUAAUGCGUUAGUAAACCCACUACAAUCAUGCAGUAACGUUAGUGUAUAGUCAGUAAGCAGUUUAGCAGUUACACUGGCGGGCCCCGGUGGCAAUACAUUCAUAAAACCAAAAGCUUACCUUUUUACUUGGAAGAGUUCCAGUGUUGUGUUGGAUAGUCAUAACCAGCUAGCAAACAUAGCAUCCCUCUGUUUGAGCAGGGUGUUUCAGUAGGCUAAACUAGCUAGCUAGCUAACAUAGCAUCCCUCUGUUUGCGCAGGGUGUUUCAGUAGGCUAAACUAGCUAGCUGCAUUUGCUAGCUAAGUAAGUGAAACUGAAAGUGAAAAUAAAAUUACUCUCUUGCUUCUCCUUCAUUUUUGAAGAAAUUAAUUUGUUAAACUGUUCAAUUAUUGUCCUUCUCUCUCUGAGUCAACUACUCACCACAUUUUAUACACUGCAGUGCUAGCUAGCUGUAGUUUAUGCUUUCAGUACUAGAUUAAUUCUCUGAUCCUUUGAUUGGUUGGACAACAUGUCAGUUCAUGCUGCAAGAGCUCUGAUAGGCUGGAGGACAUCCUCUGGAAGUUGUCAUAAUUACUGUGUAAGUCUAUGGAAGGGGGUGAGAACCAUGAGCCUCCUAGGUUUUGUAUUGAAGUCAAUGUACCCAGAGGAGGAUGGAAACUAGCUGUCCUCCGGCUACACCAUGGUGCUACCCUACAGAGUGCUGUUGAGGCUACUGCAGACCUUUAUUGCAAUACAGUGUGUUUUAAUCAAUUAUUUGGUGACGUGAAUAUAUUUAGUAUAGUUUUAUUUAAAAAGGAUAACUUAAAAAAAAUGUUAACAUUUAAUUUUUAUGAAAUACACUGAGGAGGAUGGUCCUCCCCUUCCUCCUCUGAGGAGCCUCCACUGGCUAUAACGUAACAACAUGUGGAAAAAGGGACGGGGUCUGAAUACUUUCCGAAUGCACUAUAUGUUGUUUACAAAUGUUGGAGUAAAACAAGUUUAUAUUUUGGGUUCUGAUGGGGUACGACAGUUGAACUAAGCUCAUGAGGCAUUUAUAAGUUAUAUACUCAGUCAACGGGUAUAGAUAAAUCAUUUAUAAGUCUGAAAAUGGAUGUAGCAAUUCUAGCUUCAUCCACUACUUUCCCUUGAAGCUAUAUGUUAUAAUAAUGUCUAAGUCUACAGCUAUGUCCGGGUACACUGUGGUUGUUUUUGAAAUCUGCCUUGUUGUGUUAACCUCCCUGUGUGGCCUGGUUGACCAUGUUGUGUUAACCUCCCUGUGUGGCCUGGUUGACCAUGUUGUGUUAACCUCCCUGUGUGGCCUGGUUGACCAUGUUGUGUUAACCUCCCUGUGUUGUCUAGUUGACCAUGUUGUGUUAACCUCCCUGUGUGGCCUGGUUGACCAUGUUGUGUUAACCUCCCUGUGUGGCCUGGUUGACCAUGUUGUGUUAACCUCCCUGUGUGGCCUGGUUGACCAUGUUGUGUUAACCUCCCUGUGUGGCCUGGUUGACCAUGUUGUGUUAACCUCCCUGUGUGGCCUGGUUGACCAUGUUGUGUUAACCUCCCUGUGUGGCCUGGUUGACCAUGUUGUGUUAACCUCCCUGUGUGGCCUGGUUGACCAUGUUGUGUUAACCUCCCUGUGUGGCCUGGUUGACCAUGUUGUGUUAACCUCCCUGUGUUGCCUGGUUGACCAUGUUGUGUUAACCUCAUGGUCUGUGUUGUGUGUUAACCUCAGGGUCUGUGCUGUGUGUUAACCUCAUGGUCUGUGCUGUGUGUUAACCUCAGGGUCUGUGCUGUGUGUUAACCUCAUGGUCUGUGCUGUGUGUUAACCUCAGGGUCUGUGCUGUGUGUUAACCUCAUGGUCUGUGCUGUGUGUUAACCUCAUGGUCUGUGUUGUGUUAACCUCAUGGUCUGUGUUGUGUUAACCUCAUGGUCUGUGUUGUGUUAACCUCAUGGUCUGUGUUGUGUUAACCUCAUGGUCUGUGUUGUGUUAACCUCAUGGUCUGUGUUGUGUGUUAACCUCAGGGUCUGUGUUGUGUGUUAACCUCAGGGUCUGUGCUGUGUGUUAACCUCAGGGUCUGUGCUGUGUGUUAACCUCAUGGUCUGUGUUGUGUUAACCUCAUGGUCUGUGUUGUGUUAACCUCAUGGUCUGUGCUGUGUUAACCUCAUGGUCUGUGUUGUGUUAACCUCAUGGUCUGUGUUGUGUGUUAACCUCAUGGUCUGUGUUGUGUGUUAACCUCAUGGUCUGUGUUGUGUUAACCUCAGGGUCUGUGUUGUGUGUUAACCUCAGGGUCUGUGCUGUGUGUUAACCUCAUGGUCUGUGUUGUGUUAACCUCAGGGUCUGUGUUGUGUGUUAACCUCAUGGUCUGUGCUGUGUGUUAACCUCAGGGUCUGUGCUGUGUGUUAACCUCAGGGUCUGUGCUGUGUGUUAACCUCAUGGUCUGUGUUGUGUUAACCUCAUGGUCUGUGUUGUGUUAACCUCAUGGUCUGUGUUGUGUGUUAACCUCAGGGUCUGUGUUGUGUGUUAACCUCAGGGUCUGUGCUGUGUGUUAACCUCAGGGUCUGUGCUGUGUGUUAACCUCAGGGUCUGUGCUGUGUGUUAACCUCAGGGUCUGUGCUGUGUGUUAACCUCAUGGUCUGUGCUGUGUGUUAACCUCAGGGUCUGUGCUGUGUGUUAACCUCAUGGUCUGUGCUGUGUGUUAACCUCAUGGUCUGUGUUGUGUUAACCUCAUGGUCUGUGUUGUGUUAACCUCAUGGUCUGUGUUGUGUUAACCUCAUGGUCUGUGUUGUGUGUUAACCUCAGGGUCUGUGUUGUGUGUUAACCUCAGGGUCUGUGCUGUGUGUUAACCUCAGGGUCUGUGCUGUGUGUUAACCUCAGGGUCUGUGUUGUGUUAACCUCAUGGUCUGUGUUGUGUUAACCUCAUGGUCUGUGCUGUGUUAACCUCAUGGUCUGUUGUGUUAACCUCAUGGUCUGUGUUGUGUGUUAACCUCAUGGUCUGUGUUGUGUGUUAACCUCAUGGUCUGUGUUGUGUUAACCUCAGGGUCUGUGUUGUGUGUUAACCUCAGGGUCUGUGCUGUGUGUUAACCUCAUGGUCUGUGUUGUGUGUUAACCUCAGGGUCUGUGUUGUGUGUUAACCUCAGGGUCUGUGCUGUGUGUUAACCUCAGGGUCUGUGCUGUGUGUUAACCUCAUGGUCUGUGUUGUGUUAACCUCAUGGUCUGUGUUGUGUUAACCUCAUGGUCUGUGCUGUGUUAACCUCAUGGUCUGUGUUGUGUUAACCUCAUGGUCUGUGUUGUGUGUUAACCUCAUGGUCUGUGUUGUGUGUUAACCUCAUGGUCUGUGUUGUGUUAACCUCAUGGUCUGUGUUGUGUUAACCUCAGGGUCUGUGUUGUGUUAACCUCCCUGUGUGGCCUGGUUGACCAUGUUGUGUUAACCUCAUGGUCUGUGCUGUGUGUUAACCUCAGGGUCUGUGCUGUGUGUUAACCUCAGGGUCUGUGCUGUGUGUUAACCUCAGGGUCUGUGCUGUGUGUUAACCUCAGGGUCUGUGCUGUGUGUUAACCUCAGGGUCUGUGCUGUGUGUUAACCUCAGGGUCUGUGCUGUGUUAACCUCAUGGUCUGUGCUGUGUGUUAACCUCAUGGUCUGUGUUGUGUGUUAACCUCAUGGUCUGUGCUGUGUGUUACAGUGACCACCUUGCGUCAGCGGCUGCUGCAGCCUGACAUCCAGCCUGCCGGAGCUUCUCAGCUCCACCCCAAACACAAACACCUGCUGAUCAAGCGCUCUCUGCGAUGCAGGGUCUGUACAUGACACAGUACUUUUACACCACACUACUCUUCUCAGAAAGGGCAUUUUACUACCUAUUUUACUGUUGUUUUUGCGAGGCAAUUUAUCUUGAUUUCUCAUGGUAGAAAUGUUUGCUUUUCUUCCUAGAAAUGUGAGCACAAUCUGAGCAAGCCAGAAUUCAACCCAACCUCAAUAAAGUUCAAAAUCCAGCUGGUGGCUGUGUAAGUAUUGCUUAGCAUCCUCUCUGUACUGAACAUAGUCACCUUGUUUUCUACUCCGAUUGUUGGUAUUGUUUUUAUUUAUUUCUCAUUAAAGUGAUGUUAUUUUCAAUCCUAAAGGAGUUACAUCCCUGAAGUCAGAAUCAUGUCCAUUCCAAACCUGCGCUUCCAGAAGGCAAGUCAAUUAUUCAAGUAUAAGACAUCCUAUGUCACAUGUUGUCUGUAGGGGAACAGAAUGACUUACAGUAUGAGUGGUAUCAUGUUGUCUGUAGGGGAACAGAAUGACUUACAGUAUGAGUGGUAUCAUGUUGUCUGUAGGGGAACAGAAUGACUUACAGUAUGAGUGGUAUCAUGUUGUCUGUAGGGGAACAGAAUGACUUACAGUAUGAGUGUAUCAGUUGUUGAGGGGAACAGAAUGACUUACAGUAUGAUGUAUCAGUUGUCUAGGAGUGCCAAGUGCUUGACUGACACCCAGUGGAGAUUUACCCACGUCAACUGUGGGCUUGAGGAGGAACCCAGAGACAUCACAGCAUGCUAGGUACUGCUGAUAGGGUGCAAAGCCACCGGUAAUAUACCAAAGUUCCGGAAUCUUUAGUAUUUGGUAUUAACAGAUGCAUAAUUCGUCGCAACUUUGGUAAUUUUAUACUUGAAAACAUAAAAAACCAUGUAUUCAUUUGGUUUAGUUUUUAUAUCUGUGUCCAUUAGUUUUUUUAGUUAAAGACUAUGUGUUCAGAGAAAUAGCCUAAUUAAUGAAAAAAAAAUCUAAUCAACAUUAUUUUCACUCUGCAACGUUUCACAACUGCCAUCAGUUUGGCCCCAAAACAGUGACAACAAAUAAAUUAGUGUGUAAAAAAAAAAAAAAAAAAAAAAGAUAUACAGUGAGGGAAAAAAGUAUUUGAUCCCCUGCUGAUUUUGUACGUUUGCCCACUGACAAAGACAUGAUUAGUCUAUAAUUUUAAUGGAAGGUUUAUUUGAACAGUGAGAGACAGAAUAACAACAACAAAAAACGCAUGUCAAAAAUGUUAUAAAUUAAUUUGCAUUUUAAUGAGGGAAAUAAGUAUUUGGCCCCUCUGCAAAACCCUUGUUGGCAAUCAUAGAGGUCAGACGUUUCUUGUAGUUGGCCACCAGGUUUGCACACAUCUCAGGAGGGAUUUUGUCCCACUCCUCUUUGCAGAUCUUCUCCAAGUCGUUAAGGUUUCGAGGCUGACGUUUGGCAACUCGAACCUUCAGCUCCCUCCACAGAUUUUCUAUGGGAUUAAGGUCUGGAGACUGGCUAGGCCACUCCAGGACCUUAAUGUGCUUCUUCUUGAGCCACUCCUUUGUUGCCUUGGCCAUGUGUUUUGGGUCAUUGUCAUGCUGGAAUACCCAUCCACGACUCAUUUUCAAUGCCCUGGCUAAGGGAAGGAGGUUCUUACCCAAGAUUUGACGGUACAUGGCCCCGUCCAUCGUCCCUUUGAUGCGGUGAAGUUGUCCUGUCCCCUUAGCAGAAAAACACCCCCCAAAGCAUAAUGUUUCCACCUCCAUGUUCUGACGGUGGGGAUGGUGUUCUUGGGGUCAUAGGCAGCAUUCCUCCUCUUCCAAACACGGCGAGUUGAGUUGAUGCCAAAGAGCUUGAUUUUGGUCUCAUCUGACCACAAUACUUUCACCCAGUUCUCCUCUGAAUCAUUCAGAUGUUCAUUGGCAAACUUCAGACGGGCCUGUAUAUGUGCUUUCUUGAGCAGGGGGACCUUGCGGGCGCUGCAGGAUUUCAGUCCUUCACGGCGUAGUGUGUUACCAAUUGUUUUCUUGGUGACUAUGGUCCCAGCUGCCUUGAGAUCAUUCACAAGAUCCUCCCGUGUAGUUCUGGGCUGAUUCCUCACCGUUCUCAUUAUAAUUUCAACUCCACGAGGUGAGAUCUUGCAUGGAGCCCCAGGCUGAGCGAGAUUGACAGUUAUUUUGUGUUUCUUCCAUUUGCGACCAAGCUGCUUGUCGAUGGUCUUGUAGCCCAUUCCAGUCUUGUGUAGGUCUACAAUCUUGUCCCUGACAUCCUUGGAGAGCUCUUUGGUCUUGGCGAUGGUGGAGAGUUUGGAAUCUGAUUGAUUGAUUGCUUCUGUGGACAGGUGUCUUUUAUACAGGUAACAAGAUGAGAUUAGGAGCACUCCCUUUAAGAGUGUGCUCCAAAUCUCAGCUCGUUACCUGAAUAAAAGACACCUGGGAGCCAGAAAUCUUUCUGAUUGAGAGGGGGUCAAAUACUUAUUUCCCUCAUUAAAAUGAAAAUCAAUUUAUAGCAUUUUUUACAUGCGUUUUUCUGGAUUUUGUUGUUGUUAUUCUGUCUCUCACUGUUCAAAUAAACCUACCAUUAAAAUGAUAGACUGAUCAUAUCUUUGUCAGUGGGCAAACGUACAAAAUCAGCAGGGGAUCAAAUACUUUUUUCACUCACUGUGUAUGUAUGUAUGUGUGUGUGUGUGUGUGUGUGUGUGUGUGUGUGUGUGUAUAUGUGUAUAUAUAUAUUACAAGGAUAUUUCAUGCUGAAACCCUCAUAUUAACACAAAUGGUUUUAAUGUCACAAGUACAGUGAAAUGCCUUUCUUGCCAACUCAAAGCCCACCAAUGGUGUUCACUAAGGUGCUGGUUUAUAUUUAGGAUGUUUUACAGCUUUGUCAUUCAAUGUUUUAAAAAAUCAAUAUAUAUAUAUUUUUAAUUAUAUUGUGAUAAGGCCACACGGAAGGCCAGAGAUAAUUAGACGCCUGUGAUCAUCUGAAGUACCCAAAAGGGCCACUAGAUGUCUUGAGCUAUUUUACAGAAGAUUAUUGAAAGAUACCAAAAUUCUGGUAGUUUACUGGUAAAUGUAGGAAGUUUCCAGUAAUAUACCCUCCCUUUGCGACCCUACCGCUGACCUCUCACCCCUAACCUCUGUUGUUGAUGAUGAUGAUAUAGUGAUUGUUGUUCAUAGGUGAUGGUUCCUACCAUGGAGUUGGUCCUGGCAGGGAAGGAUGCUGCAGCAGAAUACGAUGAGUUGGCUGAGCCUCAGGACUUCCAGGACGACCCAGAGUAAGUCUUAAGUGGCGAUAACAGAACUGAGGAGAAAGGACAUUAGCGCUAGUUUAAACUAGUGUACUAUAAAAGGAACAGGGUGACAUUUGAGCUCUGCCCCUGUUCUCCUAACCUUCCCUCUCUAGUUUAAACUAGUGUACUAUAUAGGGAACAGGGUGACAUUUGAGCUCUGCCCCUGGUCUCCUAACCUUCCCUCUCUGCUCCUGUCUCCUCUCCAGCGUGGUGGCCUUCAGGAAAUCCAAUAAGAUCGGUUUCUUCAUCAAGGUGGUCCCUCAGCGCGAGGAGGACGGUGACGUCACCGUGUCCUUUAAGAUCCGCCACGACUUCCGCAACUUGGCGGCUCCCAUAAGGCCGAGCGAGGAGGGCGACGCCCCCACCGAGGCCGUCUGGCUCACACACCACGUAGAGCUCAGCCUGGGGCCGCUCGUAGCGUGAGGAGGUUACACACACCGAAUACAUACACUGACACACACACACACACACACACACACACACACAACAUAAAAUACACACAGAAACAGAAAAUACACACAUACACUAAGUUUACAAAACAUUAGGAACACCUUCGCUUUCCAUGACAUAGACUGACCAGGUGAAUCCAGGUGAAAGCUAUGAUCCCUUAUUGAUGUCCCUUGUUAAAUCCACUUCAGUCAGUGUAGAUGGAGGGGAGGAGACAGGUUAAAGAAGGAUUUUUAAGCCUUUAGACAAUUGACACAUGGGUUGUGUAUGUGUGCCAUUCAGAGGGUGAAUGGGCAAGACAAAAGUUUUGAGUGCCCUUUAACGGGGUAUGGUAGUAGGUGCCAGGCACACCGGUUUGUGUCAAGAACUGCAACGCUGCUGGGUUUUUCAUGCUCAACAGUUUCCUGUGUGUAUCAAGAAUGGUCCACCACCCAAAGGACAUCCAGCCAACCUGACACAACUGUGGGAAGCAUUGGAGUCAACAUGAGCCAGCAUCCCUGUUGAAUGCUUGUAAUACCUUGUAGAAUCCAUGACCUGACGAAUUGAGGCUGUUAUGAGGGCAAAACGGGUUCCUAAUGUUUGGUAUACUCACUUUACAGUUGAAGUCGGAAGUUUGCAUAAACUUAGGUUAGAGUCAUUAAAACUCGUUUUUCAAACACUCCACAAAUUUCUUGUUAACAACUAUAGUUUUGGCAAGUUGGUUAGGACAUCUACUUUGUGCAUGACACAAGUAAUUUUUCCAACAAUUGUUUACAGACAGAUUAUUUCACUUAUAAUUCACUGUAUCACAAUUCCAGUGGGUCAGAAGUUUACAUACACUAAGUUGACUGUGCCUUUAAACAGCUUGGAAUAUUCAGGAAAAUGAUGUCAUGGCUUUAGAAGCUUCUGAUAGGCUAAUUGACAUCAUUUGAGUCAUUUGGAGGUGUACCUGUGAAUGUAUUUCAAGGCCUACCUUCAAACUCAGUGCCUCUUUGCUUGACAUUAUGGGAAAAUCAAAAGAAAUCAGCCAAGACCGCAGAAGAAAAAUUGUAGACCUCCACAAGUCUGGUUCGUCCUUGGGAGCAAUUUCCAAACGCCUGAAGGUACCACGUUCAUCUGUACAAACAAUAGUACGCAAGUAUAAACACCAUGGGACCACGCAGCCGUCAUACCGUUCAGGAAGGAGACACGUUCUGUCUCCUAGAGAUUAACGUACUUUUGUGCAAAAAGUGCAAAUCAAUCCCAGAACAACAGCAAAGGACCUUGUGAAGAUGCUGGAGGAAACAGGUACAAAAGCAUCUAUAUCCACAGUAAAACGAGUCCUAUUUCGACAUAACCUGAAAGGCAGCUCAGCAAGGAAGAAGCCACUGCUCCAAAACUGCCAUAAAAAAGCCAGACUAUGGUUUGCAACUGCACAUGGGGACAAAGAUCGUACUUUUUGGAGAAAUGUCCUCUGGUCUGAUGAAACAAAAAUAGAACUGUUUGGCCAUAAUGACUAUCGUUAUGUUUGGAGGAAAAAGGGGGUGCCUUGCAAGCAGAAGAACACCAUCCCAACCGUGAAGCACGGGGGUUGGCAGCAUCAUGCUGUGGGGGUGCUUUGCUGCAGGAGGGACUGGUGCACUUCACAAAAUAGAUGGCAUCAUGAGGAAGGAAAAUGAUGUGGAUAUAUUGAAGCAACAUCUCAAGACAUCAGUCAAGAAGUUAAAGCUUGGUCGCAAAAGGGUCUUCCAAAUGGACAAUGACCCCAAGCAUACUUCCAUAGUUAAGGCAAAAUGGCUUAAGGACAACAAAGUCAAGGUAUUGGAGUGGCCAUCACAAAGCCCUGACCUCAAUCCUAUACAAAAUUUGUGGGCAGAACUGAAAAAGCGUGUGCGAGCGAGGAGGCCUACAAACCUGACUCAGUUACACCAGCUCUGUCAGGAGGAAUGGGACAAAAUGUACCAAAUUCAUCGUGGGAUGCUUGUGGAAGGCUACCCAAAAUGUUUGACCCAAGUUAAACAAUUUAAAGGCAAUGCUACCAAAUACUAAUUGAGUGUAUGUAAACUUCUGACCCACUGGGAAUGUGAUUAAAGAAAUAAAAGCUGAAAUAAAUCAUUCUCUCUACUAUUAUUCUGACAUUUCACAUUCUUAAAAUAAAGUGGUGAUCCUAACUGACCUAAUACAGGGAAUUUUUACUAGGAUUAAAUGUCAGGAAUUGUGAAAAACUGAGUUUAAAUGUAUUUGGCCAAGGUGAAUGUAAACUUCCAACUUCACCUGUGUGUGUAUAUAUAGUAGAACAGUGGAGAGAGAACACACUAACAGAUAUAUACACACACACACACACACACACACACACACUGUCCAUGCAUUGGAUCACAUAUCUCACACACACUCGACUUGCACACUUUUCUGUACCCCACCAAGCAGUUCCAGAGACCCUUUCCUGCUUCACGCUUCAAUUUAGGCAUUAUCUUAAACCUCCUCCCAUUAAGGAUGAAGAGUAUUUACAUGCAUGCUGUGCCAGGUUACAUCUAAUAAUAAACGUAUCUUAGGUGAUGUCAUCAAUGUCAUUACUGUUGAAGGUAGGGUGAGACUGUCAUUACUGUACUCUUCUCUGGGUUGAAGCUAGGGUGAGACUAAGGAGUUAAAAUAGUUGUUAUUUUUGCUGUUCGUCUUCAGUAUUAAAGUCAGUCAGUUAUUCUAUUAGCAGUCUAGGAGUAGUGAGACCUGUAAACGUGUCCGUGCGUCUGAGGUACUCCGCAGCGGUAAGAUAUAUUUACUUCAAAACACUAUCGGUCAAUUUAUCAAUUUUUAAUAAAAUGUUAAGUGUAUAUUGAUUCUACUGAAGAUGCGACCAACGGUGGCUGGUAACUGUGUAUUGCCAUUCACUGGUAUCAGUUUGAUUAGUUGUCUCCGUGUGAAAGUCUGGAAGGAAUUCCUCCUCGGUAUGUUCGACGGAGCCUUACAACACGGUUAACCUGUACUGGCUAAUAAUAAAAUGAUGUCCGAAAAACACCGUGUGUUAUUGUGUUAUUGGAGAGGAGUAGAAGGUGAGAGGCUCAACCCCAAACGAGAGACGAGGACCAACCAACCAAAAAUCACAAGAACACAACUCUCGCUCACAAUUUAAAAACGUGAUACUUUUAUUUCUCUAAUUCAACUUAAAAUUGUUACUUUUUGGCCGUCAGUGGACUUUAUCAGAAUCAUUUUGUUGUUUUUACCUUUUGAUUCGUAUAUUAUUUAUUUAUUGUAUUUCUUUAAGAAACUAGUUCAGUAAAUUUUCCUUCGUCAUUUAGUGCAUGUCGACAGUGCCGCCACAAGGGGGAGCUGUGGGGUUGUUUUUUUUAUAUGGUGUAACGGCAUGCUGCCUCCUGUAGAUGGCAUCCCAGGACUUCCACAUUACAUUUACAUUUUAGUCAUUUAGCAGACGCUCUUAUCCAGAGCGACUUAGUGAGUGCAUAAUUAUAUAUAUAUUUUUUUCAUUCUUUACCUGUGGGAUCGUCUGAGACCAGCCACCCGGACAGCUGAUGAAACUGAGGAGUAUUUCUGUCUGUAAUAAAGCCCUUUUGUGGGGGAAAACUAAUUCUGAUUGACUGGGCCUGGCUACCCCAGUGGGUACGCCUAUGCCCAGCCAUGGCUGUGCCCCUGCCCAGUCGUGAAAUCCAUAGAUUAUGGCCUAAUGAAUUUAUUUCAAUUGACUGAUUUUCAUUUUGGAAAUUGUUGCGUUUAUAUUUUUGUUCAGUGUACGUUAGAGAUGGGACAGUUAUGUAGGUUUAAAGUGGCACUCAAGUCUCCUUUUUACCUCAUUUUAACACCUGAUUUACUUAACAAAGGGUGGUCCAGGUAUGUCAGGACAUAGCACAAGUGGUUGGAGGUUCUCUAUUGCUCCUGUAUUGUGUCUAAAAGAGGUGUUGGGUUCAAAGCAGAAGCCAAAUUUCAGUUGGAACUUGUGUGCGAUUGACCAACAUAGUGUUCUUAUUGUUCCUUAAGCGGGGGGGGCGAUGACAUCACGGAUUGCCAUCAGACCAACUCUUUGAAUGCCCUACUCCUUGAAAUUUGCAGUUGUCUAAAAACCAAUAUUUUGCUCAAAAUGUUAGUAUUUUUUUUCUUUAUUGUGUGUACUUUACUGUAUUUAUACUUGGAAUAUCACUUUACAACAGCAAAAGUUCAAAAAUGAUUGGACAAUUUACAUUUGAGUCAUUUAGCAGAUGCUCUUAUUCACAGCGACUAGGGUUAAGUGCCUUGCUCAAGAGCACAUCAACAGAGUUUUCAACGCCUCGGGGGGAUCCUGCCCAGCAAUCAUUUGGUUACUGGUUCACUACCUGCCGACCCAAUGUAGGUAUCAUACAUGAUGUAAAUAUCCAUUCUCUCUUGCUUCUCUAUAAAUAGACUGUGAACAUAUUAUGAUUAAAGCCUUUAUAACACCUGACUCCCAGAGUCAUAAAACAUUAAGACACGGUCAUAACUAUGUCAUAACAUGUCAUGACCCAUAUAUUUACACCUGUUUUAUAUAUUUCAUUAUUCUAUGGCUGGUUAUGACACCUACAUAAGAGUCAAAUCCCACAUCUACUCAAAUGUGUUUUGUUUUUUUCCUGCCAAGAAGUUUAAUUUCAUUUGAAAGUUUGUUUCAUAAGUCCUUUGUUGUGAUUAAUUAUUUACAGUUGUUUUUUUUUUCAUCAUAUUUUAAAUUUGUAGAAAAUAUACUUUAUGACACUGUCAAGAAGCAUUAUGACCAUCAUAUUCAUAUGAGCCAGAUAGGCCUAUCACGUACAGGCCCUUAUGUCAGUCAUCAGUCAAAAAGAGGGUGUCUUGUCCUGCUCCUGAAAUCUGCUCCUGCGUUCAUCCCAGUCAUCAGCAACAGAGCAUUGGGGGAGGUGCAUGUCCGACGUCAAUGUGGUGCACAAUUACAAUAACUUAAUACGAUCAAUUUCAGAAAAUGUUAUAUAACAGAAACAUACUCUUGACAAGUAGACUAUGGUGUAAUGGAAUGUUUUGUGGGUUUUUACACUCUUAUGUAGGUGUCAUAACCAGCCCAUAAAUAACACAAUAUACAGUUGAAGUCGAAAGAUUACAUACACCUUAGCCAAAUGCAUUUAAACUCAGUUUUUCACAAUUCCUGACAUUUAAUCCUAGUAAAUAUUUCCUGUCUUAGGUCAGUUAGGAUCACCACUUUAUUUUAAGAAUGUAACAUUUCAGAAUAAUAGUAGAGAGAAUUAUUUAUUUAAGCUUUUAUGUCUUUCAUCACAUUCUCAGUGGGUCAGAAGUUUACAUACACUCAAUUGGUGUUUGGUAGCAUUGCCUUUAAAUUGUUUAACUUGGGUCAAAUGUUUCGGGUAGCCUUCCACAAGCUUCCCACAAUGAAUUUGGUGAAUUUUGGCCCAUUCCUCCUGACAGAGCUGGUGUAACUGAGUCAGGUUUGUAGGCCUCCUCGCUCGCACACGCUUUUUCAGUUCUGCCCACACAUUUUCUAUAGGAUUGAGGUCAGGGCUUUGUGAUGGCCACUCCAAUACCUUGACUUUGUUGUCCUUAAGCCAUUUUGCCACAACUUUGGAAGUAUGCUUGGGUCAUUGUCCAUUUGGAAGACCCAUUUGCGACCAAGCUUUAACUUCCUGAAUGAUGUCUUGAGAUGUUGAUUCAAUAUAUCCACAUCAUUUUCCUUCCUCAUGAUGCCAUCUAUUUUGUGAAGUGCACCAGUCCCUCCUGCAGCAAAGCACCCCCACAGCAUGAUGCUGCCACCCCCGUGCUUCACGGUUGGGAUGGUGUUCUUCGGCUUGCAAGCACCCCCCUUUUUCCUCUAAACAUAACGAUGGUCAUUAUGGCCAAACAGUUCUAUUUUUGUUUAAUCAGACCAGAGGAAAUGUAUCCAAAAAGUACAAUCUUUGUCCCCAUGUGCAGUUGCAAACUGGCUUUUUUAUGGCGGUUUUGGAGCAGUGGCUUCUUCCUUGCUGAGCAGCCUUUCAGGUUAUGUCGAUAUAGGACUCGUUUUACUGUGGAUAUAGAUACUUUUGUACCUGUUUCCUCCAGCAUCUUCACAAGGUCCUUUGCUGUUGUUCUGGGAUUGAUUUCCACUUUUUGCACCAAAGUACGUUAAUCUCUAGGAGACAGAACGCGGCUCCUUCCUGAACGGUAUGACGGCUGCGUGGUCCAUGGUGUUUAUACUUGCGUACUAUUGUUUGGACAGAUGAACGUGGUACCUUCAGGUGUUUGGAAAUUGCUCCCAAGGAUGAACCAGACUUGUGGAGGUCUACCAUUUUUUUUCUGAGGUCUUGGCUGAUUUCUUUUGAUUUUCCCUUGAUGUCAAGCAAACAGGCACUGAGUUUGAAGGUAGGCCUUGAAAUACAUCCACAGGUACACCUUCAAUUGACUCAAAUGUUGUCAAUUAGCCUAUCAGAAGCUUCUGAAGCCAUGACAUCAUUUUCUGGAAUUUUCCAAGAUGUUUAAAGGCACAGUCAACUUAGUCUAUGUAAACUUCUGACCCACUGGAAUUGUGAUACAGUGAAAUAAUCUGUAAACAAUUGUUGGAAAAAUUACUUGUGUCAUGCACAAAGUAGAUGUCCUAACCGACUUGCCAAAACUAUAGUUUGUUAACAAGAAAUAUGUGGAGUGGUUGAAAAACGAGUUUUAAUGACUCCAACCUAAGUGUACGUAAACUUCUGACUUCAACUGUGUGUCACAACCGGUCUAAAUAUGUGUUAUGUCAGCUGCUAUGAUAUUAUGACAUGGUUAUGACUGGGUGUCAAGUAAAGUGUUACCAAGUUUUCUUAGAAGAAAAGAGUACUCGCGGACAGAUUAAAUACGAAUCAUUACCGAAGAGGGUUUGAGGUCAGCGCUGUUUGCAAAUGGAACGCAUUUAAGUUUUCAUGGGAAAAGACACUUUGGGAGGAACUCUCUGGUUGCUUCACUAGAAGAACAAGAAAAACACAAAGCCACACACACACACUCUCUCACACACACACACACACACACACACACACACACACUCACACACUCUCACACAGCUGCGGAUAGAGGCUAUUGUAUCCCUACUGUAAAUAAUGGUCUAACGAUCUCACAUCGGGUAGGGUAAAUGUUCUGUAAACUAAUUUAGGUAAACGCAGCCAGACCGAGCCAGGCAGGCAGGUUAACACGUGGGUGGGUGGCUGAGCUGUGUGGUAGUUGUGUUUUUAAGACUCCGUAGUAAUACUACUAUGUUAUACCACUACUGUACUGUUUUAACGCUAAUACUAUAGAACUACUGUACUUAAGGCAGUGUCAGGAAUAGUGAUCUGUCAACAUCAGUCAACAACUUCACAUCAGGCAGCGACUAGACUACAGAGAGACGUGAGGAAAAAACCCCCAGAGAUGACUGUUAAUCCAAACAGGACAGCUGAAAGUUGUGUUUGAGUCCCAAAUAGUACCCUAUUCCCUUUAUAGUGCACUACUUUUGACCAGAGCCCAAUAGGGACGCAACCUGUGACUGAGCCUGUGGCUGUCCUAUCAACAGAUCGUCUUGAUAUGUGCUGCUGAAAAAACACACCUUAAGACAUUCCCCUCUAGAGGGGUGGCGGGGGUGGAGGGGCAAGGGGUGUAGAGGGUGAGGGAGGAGGCGUGAGGGGGUUGUGGGAGGGUGAUGGGAAGGGGGUGGGGGGGGGGGGGGGGGGGGGGGGGGGGGGGUCAGCUGCUUUCUCAGUGUUCCUUUUCACUCCAAGGUCCAAAGUCAACAUUCUGAUGGCUGCAGUGAUCAAGACCGAGAGAGAGGGAAAGAGAGAGUAUGGAAAGAGAGAGCAUGGAAAGAGGGAA